AUGGAGGGAGCUGCUGAUUUAUUGACAAAGAUGGCGAACGAGGUUGAAGAGAUGGAGGAAAUCAAUGACGAGAGUGCUACCUCUCACGUUGAGAAUCAAUUGGAACACCUCGAGAACCUGUUGGCUCAAGCCGAAACAGAGGGUCUUCUGGAACAAAAAGAAUCUGAUGGCUCUGGAGAAGACACCGAAUUAGGCGGCAGGCAGCUGGAUGCCAUUAUCACCAAGGCCGACUCGGGAGGUUUUGGGGAACUGCUGGGGGGUUCCACGCCCACCAAUAUACUCGACAUCACGACGACCGACAACAUUUUGGACCUUCUUGGUUUUCACGAUAACUCAAAGAAGAAGAAGAAGACCUUUAGUUGGAAAGAGCAGGACCUACUACGAGGUAUUGAACCCACUAUUGUGGAAGAGCAAGAUGGACUCGAGGAGGAAAAGCAGGAAAGUGAAUUUGAUCAGGAUCCCGUGGCCGUGCUUGAAGCAGAUGACACCGUCAUGAUGCAACCCAUUAAAGAACAAGAUCCCGAGCCAGUCGCAGUAUCUGAAUCAGAGGUUUCUGUUCAGUCAACUGUCGUUCCUGGAAGUGAACCGGAGGCCUCCACUGAGGAAACAACAAUCACAGAGGCAGGUUCGCCAGAGUUGGUCACUGAGAAGAAAGAUGUCCGGGAAGACCAUCCGGAGGAGACUGAGGAGGUUCCAGAGGCUCAGAAAGAUACUCAAAUAUGUGACGAGGAACUUUCUGAGGAUGCCGCCAAAACAGAGGUAGAAGUCCAAGACGAGAGGAAGGACGAUCAUCCCGAGGACGAAGCCUUGCAAGACGCCCCCAAGUACACCGAGCAAUGCAACAAAGAAGGCUUUGUGGACGCCCCCAUAGAUGAAGAAGAAGACGAAGCUGUUGCUGUACCAAUGCCCGAGAACAAGGAAGAGAAGCAAGACGGACCAAAGGAGAAUACAGAUGCCCAGAAGGACAACGAGGCAUCUCAAGUGGAAAACCCUACGGAUGCGGACCACGAGGAGAAAAAUGAAGAAGAUUCCUCGGGCAAAACAAUUACAACUGAAGACAACCAAGAGCCUGAUUCCAAUGAGGAUAUGGAAAUGGUGGAAACUCAAGUUAACGCACCCGUGUCAGCAUCAGAGCAGACAGGGGCGAAUGUUGAGGAAGCCGAUUCACCUCUUGUGGUCAAGGAAGGUGAUGUUGCCGAGGUCAAGGGAGUGGCGGAGACUGAAGAGAAGGAACCGCUUGUACUUGAGGUUAGAAAGGGCAGUGGCAGUACGUCCAAGGAUGCCAUCGAAGUUCGAAUUGAGAAAGAACAAGCGCCUCGUGUCGGGGCGUUCGUGGCGUCUUCAACUUCCAGCGCUGAACAGGAAAUUGCUGCUGCGGCUUCCGACACAAUGCUGUUCCAAUCAGGAAGGCUGUUGAUGGAGCUCAAGAACGAAGUCCAGAAACUGAGAAAUGACUACGAUCGCGUCCAGGCCAAUAACAAGAGGCUUGCCGAAGCCAAUGUUAGUUCUGGAGCUUCGUUUGAAUCCCUGAACCAUCACGCUGAACUCUUGCAAAAGAAGCUAGACGAAUCACAAACACAGGCAACGGCGGCUCAUGCGGCCCUCACCGGAGCCAAGACCGCAGUAGCAGAAGUGCGAGUUGAGUUGAAGCUCAAAAAGGCUGCGUAUGUCGUCGAAGUUCAAAAUCGACUUGCCUAUCAAAAGGCACUGCAACAGGUAGCUGACUUGGUACAGAACGAAUGCAAAGAUUCGGCCCUUGUUGAAAAGAUAUUGGCCCUUGUUGAAAAGACUGAGGCGGAGUCCAUGGCUGUUCCCGCACUCAAGGACACUGAAGAGACCAAUAGUGUUGCUGCAUCAGUCAGUGGUGAAAAAGACGAAGCACACCCCUUCGACGACAAAAGUGGACAAGGACAAGACCAAGGGUACUAUAUGUCCUACAUCAAGGCCUGUGUUUGGUCUACUUAA